AUGGCCCGAAUCUCGUUGGACUGCCCCAACUCUUUACCAGGGAUCCCCCUCAGUGUGCUGUCAGUGCCCAUGGAGAAUAAAUACAAAUGUCAGCAGUGUCUCCAGGUCCUGAGGAAGCCUGUCCAGGCUCAGUGCGGCCACCGCUUCUGUGUACACUGCUUCAAGCAGCUCACCAGUGCCGGGCCAAAGCCUUGUGAAGCCUGUCGCCAAGAGGAGAUUUACGAGGAACCUAUUUCCAUUCUAAAUAGCAAUGAGGCUUUUCCAGACAAUGCAGCUGGCCGCGAAAUAGCAAGUCUGCCUGCCAGGUGUUUGAACCAGGGUUGUGAUUGGACAGGCUCAAUAAAAGAAUAUGAGGCGCAGCAUGAAGGUCGCUGUGAAUUUGAGCGGAUGCAGUGCGAGGCCUGCAAAGCCUUGAUCCUUCGAACAGAGAAGGACAGACAUAAUGAGAGAGAAUGUGAAGCCAGAACGCUCAACUGUAAAUACUGCAAGAUGACCUUCAACUUUAAAGACAUCAAGGCCCAUGAUGAGAUCUGUCUGAAGUUUCCCUUACAAUGCAAAGACUGUGGCAAAAAGAAGAUCCCACGAGAAAAGUUCAAUGACCACAGCAAAUCAUGCGCCAAGUCAAAAAGUGCCUGUCCAUUCAGUGAAGUGGGCUGUAAAUCUGUGAUAGAUAACGGGAAGCUCGGCGACCAUGAGCACAGCAGCACCAUGGAGCACUUGCGUCUGCUGCUGCCCAUGGUGCUGUCCUUGGUUCGGACGCGUGCUGAUGCUCCUGGUCAGGGAGAGUGGCAGGAGGACUCUGGUCUGGGCCUGUACAGGGCUCCUGAGGAGGGAGUCACUAUGGGGUCUGGAGCUGCAGCCUCUGUGCACUCUGUUGAUGUGGACAAAAAGGUGAGCGCUUUAGAAAACAUUGUGUGUGUCCUGAACCGAGAGGUGGAGCGCAGUUCGGUUACAUUGGAGGCUUUCUCGCAUCAGCAUCGUUUAGACCAGGAAAAAAUCGAAAACCUCUCCAACAAAGUGCGUCAGCUGGAGCGGACGGUCAACAUGAGAGACCUGCAGCUGUCUGAAACGGAGCAGCUGGUGCGAGAGCUCCAGUUCUGCACCUACGACGGGAUAUUUGUGUGGAAGAUCUCUGACUUCUCGCGCCGCAGACAGGAUGCUGUGGCUGGUCGAGCACCUGCAAUGUUCUCACCAGCGUUUUACUCCAGCAAGUACGGCUACAAAAUGUGUCUGAGGCUGUACUUGAACGGCGAUGGCACAGGUAGAGGAACUCACCUUUCGCUGUUCUUUGUCGUCAUGAGGGGAAAGUGUGACGCUCUGCUCAAGUGGCCAUUCAGUCAGAAGGUGACUCUGAUGCUCUUGGACCAGAACAACAGGGAGCACAUCAUCGACGCUUUCCGCCCCGACGUCAGCUCCACCUCCUUCCAGCGGCCAAUCAGUGAGAUGAACAUCGCCAGCGGCUGCCCACUCUUCUGUCCUCUGGCCAAACUGGCUGGCAAAAGCCCCUAUCUGCGAGAUGAUACCAUUUUCAUCAAGGCUAUUGUAGACCUCACAGGCUUGUAGGGUGUACUCUGUGGAAGUUACACCAAAGCAUGUAUACAGGAAAAAACACAGUGAGCAAGUUGAGAAUUAAUUAUAGUGAUAAUAUAUCUGUAAGAUACUAUGAUAAUAUAUAUAACAAUAUAUAAUAUAUUAUUGCACUAUGAUAUUACACAAUAUUAUAUCUGCACUAUAUGUUAAGAAUGUCAUCAGGUGUCACAUUAUCCAUCUUUAGUGAAGCUAUUAGAUUUAUAAAAGUGAAGCUAUUUCUGCUUAAUGUCCUGUGUAUUUAAGACUUCAGGCAGUAGUUAGAUUACUUUAAAAUGUAUUUCAGUAUCCAGCUGUCAGCAGGUGUUAAAGAGAAGUGCUUAAAACUGUAAGAGACAGUAGGAGCUUUAGGAGGCCUGUAAUCAUCGAUCAUCCUGAUGUGACCCUGUUGGCAUUCAAAUUAAAUUAUUAUUUGCAUCAGAUACCUUUCUUAUGUUAUACAUAUCUACAUAAAGUAUAUAUUGUAUUAAUUAUUAUACUCCAGACUCUGCUCUGUAUCAUGUGGUCUUUCACAUGCAGGUCAAACAUUGGCCAACUCCAUCAAUCCAAAAACAAUGUUCUGCUCCCUGACAGAAGUUGAGGUUUCACAGUAAUGGUGUACAUCAAAACCUUUAUCAGAUAUUUUAUAAUUCUGCCUUAAAACAUACAUUUAAACUCCUAACGAAUGUGACUUGUGACAUAGAAGUGAAGACAGGCAUGUGAUCCAUGGAUUCUGAUCAUUCAGGUCAUUUGAACAGCGCAUCACGGUGAAAUAAAACAUGAACAGAGAUAGAUGAUAUAAUUUACCUGUUGAAAAUGAUAUUAAAAGUACUCCGUAAAGUCAAACAGUUUAAAUUUCGUGACAACUUGGGCACAAUGUGUAGCACAAAGUCCUGCUUAAGCUAUAAGUAAGUAGAAAUCUUCAUAUUCACUGUGUGUUAUUCCAUCUCUACAACAUAUCCACUAUCCAUUAUUGAAAUUUUACUUUUUACUAUCAUACUUUGGUGUAUUUUAUGUGUAACAUGCUUCUAUCAAAAUCACCCUUAGUUUUAAUGUACUAUCAAAAUAAACAACAUGUUAAUUGAUGAAUGGACCUCGUGUGAAGGCUUUGGUGGUGAAUAUAUGUCAAUUGUGUUAAUUGAAAUGUUUUUUAUUAACAUAAAUAAUGUAGUGGUCAUCAGAGGUGUGGACUCAAGUCACAUGACUUGAAUCAACUUCACAAAAUCAAAGAGGACAUGCAACUUGACUUGGACUUGAACACCAGUGACUCAUGACUUCACUUGGACUUGAGGUUAAAAAAGUAUGUUACUUAAAAAGUGUGUAUUUCCUAAAUAAACUAGCAUAAAUGCUAUUUAUUUCCAGCAAGUCGACACUUCAUUCCUCAGAUCCACUUUGUGUGAGCCAAUUUGACAACAUCCAAUCAAGUUACAGUAGAGGACCAUGAAGAACAAACGUUAGUGAGCACGAGUUGGAAAAAAAUGUACCAAAGAUAAUUUCAUUUAUAUACAAAACUACACGGUGGUCAACAAAAGCAAAAACAUUGUAGUAUGCAAAGCGUGGCAGUUGAAAAUUACAAAGGAGAACCAACAACUUCCAAUAAACUCACUUUUGUAAAUUUAAGUUAUUAUUUUGUUGUUAAAAUGGCGUUACAUUUUUUGAAGAGCCUGUUAUGACAAGCUUAGGACUUGAAACUCAAAGUUUAGGACUUGGGACUUGCCUGUCUUGACUUGGUACUUGAGUGUAAAGAAUUGAGACUUACUUGUGACUUGCAAAACAGUGACUUGGUCCCACCUCUGGUAGUGAUUCUAUAUAAGCAGUAGUUUUAGUUUUUGCUGGAGAAAUACUGUGGAUUUAUUUGGACUUCUGUAAUGAUAAUAAACCACUACCAAAUAUA